AUGAUUGGAUUGGGCCAGAAGGAGAGGUCAGAGUCCAGGAUUACCUCCAUCACCCCCGACAUGAUGGAAGGGACGGAGAGUGCUAUUGACCUUGAUGGAGAAGUCAGAGCUGAGUGGUCAUUUUCCACGUUCACUGCUGACCGUAUUGGCCACUUGAAGGUUACCAGGUUGGUUGAAGGCCACUUGAAGAUUACCAGGUUGGUUGAAGGCCACUUGAAGAUUACCAGGUUGGUUGAAGGCCACUUGAAGAUUACCAGGUUGGUUGAAGGCCACUUGAAGGUUACCAGGUUGGUUGAAGGCUACCAUGUUGGUACCAGCAACCAAACUGCAUAUCUCAACCAGGAGGACCAGCCUCAGCUUCACCCAAAAAUAACCAACUGUCCUACAUCAGAGAGAGGAGAACCCGUUAUAGAUCACAUGACCAUGUCCAUGACGAUGGAGGAGGACCGGAGCCACAAAUUUUCUCCUGUGAAGUUUGGUGACCAGGUGACUAUCACCAUGCGUCCGCCUCACCCCUCGACACCCGAGAGAAACCACAUGGAGAAGAUUGACGUCAAGACGGAGAAUCAGGAGAUCCUCAUAUCACCGGGUGAAUACUACGUCUUGAAUCCCUCAGAAAAAUAUCCGACCUCCACUCCGGAUUAUCACACAGUCAGUAGAGGGAUCAAUGGAAGUUCUCCGGAAGUAAAUUACAGUGUGGAAAAUGUUCCUCGGAGACUCUGCUCUGCAGAUAGAUCGGCAGGUCCUCCGACUGAUCGGUUUCAUUCCUCCUCCUCCCCACAUAUGUAUUCGGACAGAUCAGCAGACGCCUUAAAUUCCGAGAACCCUUUUAAAAAGUUACACGCCAUAACCCUGAAUAUCCUUCAAAGGACUCACCAUGGAGGGAAGACACCAGAUCCCUUUCAUCCCAAGGAACCGUCUUAUGCUAACUCAGAUAUUCCUCCACACGGGGGCGAGGAGAUCAAUCCAAACUCCAAUGAUAAAAAAAGCUUAACCUCGUCGCCAAAUCUUACCGGGCACCAAAAGGCAAAGACCGCUGAUCGGCCAUAUUCAUGUUCCGAGUGCGGGAAAUGUUUCGACACAAAAUCCCAUCUGGUCUUUCACAAGAAAAUUCACAGUGGAGUGCGGCCCUACCUCUGCACAGAGUGCGGAAAACGUUUCAUAUGCAAAUCGCAUCUCACUAGACAUGUGAGUCAACACACAGGUGUGCGCCCCUAUUCCUGCCCGGAGUGUGCCAAGUCUUUCAUAGGCAAAGCCGACCUUGUCAGCCACUUGCGGUAUCACACGGGUGAAAGGCCCUUCGUGUGCACGGAGUGCGGUCAGUCUUUCAUGCAGAGCGGUCACCUGAGGAGACAUCUCAGGAUUCACACGGGCGAGAAACCUUUUUCGUGUACCGAGUGCGGGAAAUGUUUCUCCUGGAAGGAUACGCUGAUCAAACACCAGCGAACGCACAUGGGCAAAAAAGUGUAUACGUGUAGGACAUGCGAGAAGGAGUUUCCGCUCCGAGGGAUGCUCAUCAUCCACCAACAUGCCCACGCGGGAGAGCAGCCAGCAACAUCGGAGUCCUUAAAAACAAAACCCAAUCUCCAAGAACAUGGAAGCGAUGACACGGAUGGGGUGACCUUGUCAUGCGCCAAGAGUGAGGGAUUCUCCUUGAAGAUGAUGGACUUUGUCAAAUGUGAAGAGGUUCACUCUACCGAGGAGCCCUCAGAACAAGGGAAAGGUUCCUCGCCGGAUAGCCAGAUCAAAGCUGAACCUGAAGACAAGCCGUUCUCCUGUUCAGAGUGCGGAAAAUGUUACGGUAGAAAAAAACAACUCCUUACCCACCAGAGAACUCACAGGGGCGAGCUCCCCUUUAAAUGCUCCGAGUGUGGGAAAGGUUUCAAUGAGAAAAGAUACCUUUUAAAUCAUCAAAGUAUUCACACAGGCGAGCGAGCUUUCUCGUGUUCAGAUUGCGGGAAGAGUUUCACCUGGAAGGAGAGUCUUAUAAGGCACAAGAAAUUCCACAGCGGAGUGCGGCCGUACUCCUGCUCAGAUUGCGGGAAAAGUUUCACUCUGAAAGGAGACCUCCUAAGGCAUCAGAGGACCCACACAGACAAGCUUCUGUAUUCGUGUUCAGAGUGCGGGAAAUCUUUCCGUCUGAAAAAAUAUCUCCUUAAGCACCAGAAAAGUCACACGGGCGAGCGCCCUUUCUCCUGCUCAGAUUGCGGCAAAUUUUUCACUCGCAGAGACAGCCUCUACAGGCACAUGAGGAAUCACUUUGGAGAGCCGUGA